AUGAAAUUCUUUUGGAUUUUUAUACAAAUAAUUUCAAUUUUAAAUCUAAUCCAUUGUCAAACAAAAUGUCUUGAUACAUUCACAGUGACUUGUUAUUGUCCAAAUGAAAAUCAUUUAAUAAACUGUAUUGAAAAUCAACCAACAGAUGACAUGUUCAUUGAUUGGUCAAGAUUUACAUUUGAAUUACGAGAUCAUUAUAGUUUUAAUUUUAUAAAUUUCACACAUUUAACGUCUUCAACAUUUACAAAUUUUUCAUGGAAAUUUCCGCAACUUAACAUCAUUGAAUUGAAUUUUCUAAAUGGCAUUGAUGAAAUUCGAGAACAUAUCUUCAGAUUAUUCGAUUAUACUGUUAAUCCACAAAUUUAUGUUCGAUUCACUUCACCGAGAAAUUUUCAACUUGCCGAUAACGCAUUUACUCCAAUGAAAUAUUCCGAAAUAAUCAUUGAUGAUAUUCAAAGUUCGCCGUAUGAAUUCAAUUUAAAUGCAUUUCACAAUACAACUGUAAAUCAAUUCAGUAUUCUUAAUACUAAACAACUUCAGUUUCUUUCAAGUGAAUCAUUAAUACUGAAUUGGGAAGAAAUUUCAAUAAAUAAUGGUUCAAUAAUCAAUCUUAAUCUUCUUAUGGAAAGUUUAUCAUCUGAUUAUUUAGUCAAAUUAGAUUUCUCUUCAAGUAGUAUAGUUCAUUUUCCUUCUUUUGUUAACUUGUCACAAUUAAUGAUAAUCGAUCUUCAUGAUAAUUUAAUUCAUGAAAUUCAUUCAAGUCUAUUUUCAAAUAAGAAUUUAGUUUCCGCAAUUGAUUUAUCAUCGAAUGCAAUCAAACGAAUUGAUCCUAAUGCAUUUGUUCAAUUAGAUUUUUUAACUGUUUUAAAUUUAAAUAAUAAUCAAUUACGAACAUUAGGAGAUGAAAAUCAAUCAUUUUUAUUUCCGUUAAAAGGAAAAUUACGUGCGUUGGAUUUAGCAAAUAAUUUUCUUCAUGAUAUAAAUCAAAUAGGAAAUCUUUCUCAUUUAGAAGUCUUACAAUUAUCUGGAAAUGAAAUAAAAGAAUUAAAUGAAAGUUCAUUUAGAAAUUUACGUCAUCUUCAAUAUCUUGAUUUAAGUUUCAAUCAAAUUCAAUCAAUUCAUUCAUCAGUUUUCGAUCAUACAAACAUUAAACAAUUGGAUUUAUCGUCAAAUUUAAUAUCUUCUUUACAAACAAAUUCAUUUCUCUUCAGUCUUUCAUCAACACUUGACACAUUAUUAUUAAAAAAUUCUCGAAAUUUAUUAGAAAUCAAUUGGUUUGUUUUUACUAAAUUAGAUCAAUUAAGAAAAAUCGAUCUUUCAGGUGUAAAUAAAACAGAUAAAAUGUGGUUAUAUAAUUCAAAUGAUAAUUCAUCUUUCUAUUGGAAUCGUGAAUAUUCUUUGGAAAUUCUUUUAAAUAAUAUUCAAUUUACUAAUGAAGAUUAUUGUUUAUCGAAAUUAAUCUUUCAAAUGUUUAAUAAUACAAUUUUAUUUCUUGAUCCAAAUCAUUCGUGUAAUUGUUUUUUAUUUCUCUUGAGAAAUAGAAUUUCUGCACAAAAUUAUCCGAUUUGUUUAUCGAAUCAAUCGAUUAUUGAUGAUUUAGCAAAAGAAUGUGCGAAUAUUGAUUCAUAUUGUUCAUCUCUAUCAACCACGACAACAACAAACAUAAUGACAACAACAGUAAAACGAAAAGAUGAUAAUGAAAAUUGGAAAAUAAUCUUAGCAAUUGCAAUUCCUCUAUCAAUUAUUCUUAUUCUGUUAUUUUUAAUUGCAUUUUUUCUUGUGAAAAGACGACGAAAUAACGAAACAAAGGAAAAUGUUGAGAUAAAAGGAGGAAUUGUGAACAUAUUAUCUAAGAAAUAA